UAUACGUGUGUCCCGCGGCGCAUCGCUGUGUGUGCGCGAGUUCUUGUUGCGCGCAGGCCGACUGAAAAUGGCUAAUUGUCAGGCUGGCUGGCGCAGCAGGUGAAACGGCUGGCCCCACGAGACGACGACCAAGAGCCGAACUCGGUGCUAGUAGCGCGCGCGCUCGCGUCAACGCACGAGACCAGCACCACUGAAGCAGCAGCAGUUCGUCCCCGACGGCUACCGUACAGACGUGAGCUCCGGAACGCAUAAACGGAACCGAGACUCGAGACACAGAGAGAGAGAGAGAGAGAGAGAGAGAGAGAGAGAGAGAGAGAGAGAAGUCCCGAGGAUGGUGCUGGGCGUAAGCGGCGCACCGGUCGCCGAGGGGCCUCGUCAAGUGCCUUAGAGAGUAGCUCUGUGUGUAUCGGUAUCUCUGUCUGCCUGCCUGGGGAACGACCGGGUCAGCGAGAGGGAGUAGAGCUAGGCUUCCCCGAUGCCAGCUCCCGGGAGCUCACCUCCUCCUCGCCGUCGCAGCCGCUGCCACUGGUGCACCCAGUCGACUUUGCUGCCCUGCUGGAUAUACGUUUUAUUAAACCACAAAGGGCUCACUCUGGCGUGAAGUACGGCGCAUCGUUGUUACUUUUGAGGCGAACGUUGUCGGCGCUUAUCUCUCUGGAAUAGCGCAGGCCAGCCCAGAGCAAUGGAAAGCUUGGCUUCUGGAGCCUCCUCGUUGGACAGUGCUGGAAGCAGCGUAAGAGCAUUACAGUAAUCUAUUUUGAUCGUAUUUGAAGCCGCUCAAAAAACGCUUACUGUAACGUGCAUCCAGUCCGAUAAAUAACGCGUGGAGUGCAAAUUAUUCAAGGUUCUUCAGUAAAUAUUACAAAAUUGUAACUCGAUGGGGCGCUUAAUGUGGGUAAGGAAAUACGAUUUUUUUCUCACUGAAUUUUAAAUUAUACGAAGCUUGAAUGAAUGUUCUAAACUUUGCGCUUCGCACUGAUUGUCUUAUUCUCUACGUUCAUCUGACCUCUUUGAUGUUAUUAUCUGUUUCUUUGGAAUGAUCUAUAUUUAUGGCAUGCAGAAAGAGAUAGUGGAGGAUGCGACAGCGUUGGGAGUGCAGUUAGUGGGCCUGAAUGUCGAAGAGACUAUGAGCGUUUGCAAGCAGAAUAUCAACUACUUAGCCAUAAGCACUCCGAUACCAUUAAACGAUGCGAGCAUACUAUGAAGGAAUUGGAGUAUUAUCGUAGUCAGCAUAUAGCAGCAAUGAGCCAGGCAGAAUCCACGUCCGUCCAGGAGCGCGGCAAGUACGGCGAUCUCCUGACCGAUAAUCAACGUCUGGACCGCGAGGUGCAGGCGCUACAAAAAGAGCUCUCGGAAGUACGCAUGCAAAAUCAGGAUGCCCAUGGCGCCGAUGGUGGCAACAGCGACGCCAUGAAUCAGCACUAUCUAUCCGCCCUCAGAAAGUACGAUGCCAUCAAGGACGAGUACGAAACGCUCAGGAAGAGGUACGACGAUGUCAUAACGUCCCACUCGUCUGCCGUCAACAAGCUGGAACUGGCCCAGGAAGAGGCUGCCCGUUUGAAGAAACAGUACGAGGAGGUGGUCCAGGAGCGCAACAGCACAGUGCGCGAGCGCAACGGUUUGAAGCAGCAGUGCACCGCGGCGAUUCGGCAAUGGGAUAUAGCGUUACGCGAGCGCAACGAGUACCGCGAGGCCCUGGCCAAGGUCUCGCAACAGCACGAGGAGGCCGUGAAGGAGAUCAACCAGGCGAUGGUCAGCCGCAUGAAGGCCAGUAAGGAAAUCAAACGGCUGACCGAAGAGCGCAAUGCUGCCCUGCACGAGUACAGUUUGAUCAUGGGAGAGCGUGACAAUGUGCACCAUGAGAUGGAGACUCUCGGCAACGAUCUCAGCCAGGCGUAUGCCAAGGUUACGCAUCUGGAGAACGAGAACAAACAGCUUGUCGAAGAGAAAAAGACGUUAUCGUAUCAGAUAGAGACUCUACGUAGAGAGAUAUCAUCGGCACUGCACGAUCGUGAUGAGGCCCUCAAGGAGUGCAACGAGCUGCGUCAAAAGUUCGGAGACUACUCCGAGGCGUCAAAUCGAGACCGCAAGAAUCGGCUGGAGUUACACUCGUACAACAUCGAACGAGACGUCGCGAGUAAGGAGGCAGAGAAGGAAAGCAAUCCACGGGACUACGCUAAGCGCGAGAAGGAACGCAUGGAUAAUCUGGAUCAAGCCAAUCUGGAGCUCGAUAAGCUGCGUAAGUUUGUGGAUACGCUUCAGGCAGAUUUGGAGGAGGCAGUUCAGGAGGCCGAGGUAUCAAAACGCAGACGAGACUGGGCCUUCAGUGAGCGAGAUAAGAUUGUGCUCGAGCGUGAGAGUAUUAGGACUUUGUGUGACAGGUUACGCAAGGAACGUGAUCGCGCAGUAUCAGACUUGGCAAAUGCCCUACGUGACUCAGACGACAUCAAAAAGCAGCGCAAUGAAGCUUCGAAAGAACUGAAAGACCUCAAGGAAAAGAUCGAAUCUGGAGAUCAUUCACUACGCACUAGCCAAUAUGGCCAGAGUGUUCACGAUUCGGAUAGCGAAUGGGACGCAGUUACAGUCCACUUGGACCUCAACAGAAUGAGCAUGGAUUCGGAUCGAGACCUUGGACUCAUGCUUGUAGGCGGUCGCGAUAACCCGUACUAUCCAGAUGACACCGGGAUUUACGUAGCACAGGUCGCACCUGGCAGUGUUAUAGAGAACAAGCUGAGAGUCAAUGACUGCAUUCUUAGGGUCAAUAACAUGGACUGCUCGUCGGUAUCAACGCGUAUGAUCAUCGAUACACUCAGGUCAUGCAACGCUGGCUCGGCUACAUUGACUAUCAGACGGCGCAGGUUGGGUAGAAGGUCAUUGAGAACAACGCAGUUGCCGGUCGGUUCGGUACCACACGGAAUAACACUUGAAAUCGGAAUCUAUAUCGCUAAGAUAUCGCCCGGUAGUUUAGCUGCUAAAGAUGGAUAUCUUGCCGUCGGUGACAGAGUUUUGAAUAUUAACAGCAAGCCCAUGGAAGGAGUGACUUCGUCUCAUGAAGCUAUGACGAUUCUAAAUGAUACAUCAACCGACGUUUUGACGAUUACUACUCUCAAAGGAAUACCUUUAACAGCAUCUUCUAGUGCCGAUACGCUACCAAUUGAUGGCAGCUUCAGUCCAGAGAAACAGAAGAUGGUGAACAGCUGCUCGCAAACCGAACAGGAACGCAUGAUGCUAAAGGCAUCGUCAGAUGACUACGAUCGACGCUGCAUGAUGUCUUCGAACUUUGGUGAUCGAAGCGUAUACAAGGUAUCUAAAUCACUGAGCAACGAGAAGACUGGUAUCAGUAAUGCAUGGGAGAACUUCCGUGAGAAGAUUGACAUUGUAAGGGGACGUAGGCACAGUAAAGAUCGCGACGAUAAAAAGAAGAGUCACCGAAAUUCAAGUCCUAAUACUUUUGAACAGGAGCAGGAUGCUAUCGCCAAACUAGAUUCUGUGAUCGAAAGUUACCAUAAGAAAACUAAUAAUGGUAACAACGGUGUAUUAAAACGAAGCAAACGUCGAGGCGUUGGUACAAAUGGUGGCGGUACAGGCAGCGGAAUAAGCGGCACGAGCGGUGUUAGCAGCGGCAGCGGCACUGAGAAAUCUGCAGCCGAGAAGAACGGAGGUACGUGGCCUAAGGCACGCAUAGGCCCUCUCAUCCAAAACGGCACCGGCACAAUCCUGCAUCCGCGCAAGACCAAGGAGCGUCUGCCCCUCAGUGUGCUCCUCAACAAUCCCCCAAAAUACGAGAGCACUUUCAAUUACAAUCGCAUUUCCAAUCCUAUACCCCUGGCGAACUUUAGCACAAUCGGCAGCGGGGGCGGCGCUAUUGGUAGUGGCAUGAGCUCGAGUAGUAAUCGGCACACAGUCUACAAGGCAGUCGAAAGCCCUUUGCCAAGCUUCACUAAAUCCACCCAGCUGCAUAGUCAAAAGGCCUUUGUACCCUCGGCUGUGCAGUUCAAGGACAUCGGCUUAGACAAAGCCAAUGACGGCAACCUUAGUUCCGCGCUUGCACCCUCGGAGACCAGUAUAGACUUCUCCAUGAAGUCUGGACGAGGCGACAUCGACUACUACGGGAAGAGCAAACGCACGGCUACGAGCAGCAGCAACAAGUACACUCCCCUCGGGCAUGACAGUAGCCAAGUAGAGUCGAUGACACACAAUCGUGUCCAUUCGCAGCUCUACACAUCAGCCUCGUCCGGCGGAGUACCGCGAGUCGUCGGCCCUGGUAAUUUCUCCUUUCCUCCCUAUGCCCAGCACUCGCAUCCCCAUCAUCCCCAUCAACAGCAGCAGAGUAUUAACAACAACUCAAGGUAUCCUUCACCUCCGUCUCUGCCCAGUGCCCAGUCGGGAGAGUCCAUCGGACUACCCGACGCUCCUCGCUCUUUCUGCUUCGAGCCUCCAUACAGUCCUCAACCCCAGCCGAACUUUGGCCACCUGCACACACCCUCGAUAGAUCUGCACUUCCACAAGCCUCGCGCCCAUCCCACUAUGAGCUCGUACGAUGUUCCUCCUUAUGUGUCGCAUGGGGCUGUGGGCUACGAGGGUGGCACCUUUCCCCGAAAAAAGGAGAAUCAGCGCUUCAGGAUACCAUCGAAUCCAAGUGUCACCUCCAAGAGCAGCAUCGGUAAGCUCUCCUCCGGGAGCAUCGAAAAGACUUCGGAACGCGGUAGUCCUAUGCCGUCCUUUCAUGUGGAGAUCCUGAGUCCUGGCACGGGCUCGAAUUCGAGUGGUGGUACGAUACGGGGCGCCGGCGGUAAUAAGAGGUCGAGCAUGCCUGAAUACUGUUUUGCGCAACCAAGGCCGACGCACGGCCAGGUGAGACGAAUACAUAUAGACAAGAGCCAGGAACCUCUCGGCAUUCAGAUAUCAUGUUUGGAGAGCGGAGGUGUGUUCGUGUCGUCGGUGACGGAGCACAGCUUGGCCUCGCAAAUUGGCCUGCAAAUAGGGGAUCAGCUGCUUGAUGUUUGUGGAAUCAACAUGAGAACGUGUGACUCGUAUGAGGUGGCUGCAAACAUUCUCAGGCAGUGCGGUAACACGUUCACUAUGCUUGUGCAGUAUCUUCCGGACAAAUACAGCGAAUUAGAGGGUUCGGGGUCAUCCAGUGACUCGGAAGGCAAUGGCGAGAAAGAAGCGAGCCACAGUGGAUCGUCAACACCUUGCAACACUCCAGAAGCAUCACGCAAAAGUACCGUUGAGCCUCUUGAAUCUUCAGAACCAGAACGCGAUCAGUCCAGUCUACCUACCAUCAGGGCACCCAAGGAACGCGAACGUGAUAGGGAAAGGGAUCGUGAACUUCGAGCAUCAGCAUCCGUCGAGGUAAGAACAACUCAAGAACGUGAACGCGAGAUCCGUAAUUCAGCCUCGCUGGACAUCAACAUACGUAAACCUGAGCUACGAACGAGUCUCACACUAGACGGCAUUCGCAACAGUCUCACCGGUACAGGUACACUUACACGAGCUCAAAUUAAUCAGGCUGCUACCACAUUGCAACGACAAAAUGCCACAGUGCGCAGUCCUACUCAAGAAGAGCAAAACCGCAACAGCAAAACACCACCGCCGAAUGAACCACGUUAUCUGUUCAUUGAAAUGCGCAAAUGCUCUAAUCUAGGUAUCUCCCUUGUGGGUGGCAACGGUGUAGGUAUUUUUGUGCACUCUGUUCAACCGGGUUGCCUAGCCGAGGAAGCCGGACUCCAUCGUGGCGACCGCAUUCUCGAAUACAACGGUAUCGACCUUCGGCAAGCAACUGCUGAGCAAGCCGCUCUUGAGCUCGCCAGACCGGCCGAUAAGGUGACGCUUAUCGCUCAGUACAUGCCCGAAAGAUACAACGAGGUUAAAGACAAACCUGGAGAUAGUUUUUACGUUAAGGCUAUGUUUGAUCGAACCGGAGAAUUGGGAGAUAGUUUGCAAUUGAAGUUCCAUAAAGAUGAUAUUCUCUACGUCGACAACACGAUGUUUAAUGGAACACCCGGACACUGGAGGGCCUGGUUAAUUGAUCAGACCGGUAGGCGGCAAACUCGUGGAAUUAUUCCAAGUAAAUUUAAAGUCGAAGAAGAAUUGCUUUUGCGAAGAUCACUGGGAGACUUGGAAACGGACGCUGGAAGGCGCGGUACAACUAGUGCCAGAAGGAGCUUUUUUAGGCGAAAGAAACAUCAACGAUCAUCUAGUAGAGACAGUAAAGAACUGUCACAGCUCACUGGUGUCAAUAUGGGUUGGUAUAGUGAUAGCGGUACCCUCAAUGAAGAAAAUCUACCUUUAAGCUAUCAGCGCGUCGAAAGACUAGAUUAUCCUACUUUAAGACCAGUUUUGAUUAUUGGCCCUCUUAACGAGUGCGUAGCAACGAAACUUCUGCAAGAAUUCCCUGGCCAAUUUACAAGGUGCUUACCGGAAGCGAUGCACUGUUCACAAGCAACUUUGGAACAGGGCUUAAGAGAUUCGCUUUACGUAGACUAUCGUAAGAAAGGCAGUUACUUUGAGUGUACUACAGUACAAGCUGUGAAAGAAAUCUGUGAAAAGAAUUCCCAUUGCAUUUUGGAUAUAUCAAUAGCGUCUCUGGAACGAUUACAUAGGCAUCAGAUAUAUCCCAUAGUGUUACUGAUCAAAUUUAAGAACACAAAACAAAUAAAAGAAGUGAAAGACUCUCGUUAUCCUAGUGAUAAAGUCAGCGCCAAGGCAGCGAAAGAAAUGUAUGAACAAGCUUUGAAGCUCGAAGCGGAAUAUAGACAUUAUAUAAACGCGGUCAUUCCAGCUGGAGUGAAUAUAGCGUAUAUUUGCACACAAGUUAAGGCUUCGGUGGAUGAGGAGCAGAGCAAAGCGCUAUGGGUACCUCGAGGUCUUCCCUGACAUUCAAGGGGGGGUCCCCACAAACCGCAAUGGAAAUCAAUCUGAAUUCCAUCAGGGGGCCCUUACGUCGUUCAAAGCAAGAAAGAAGUUUACAGAAAUUUAUUUUCGUGGUCUCGUACCUACCUUACAAUUACUGAAAAAAGAAGGUGGGGAUAAAUAUUUUAAUUUUUUACUUGUUUCGUCUUUCGAUUUGUUGUUGUGCGCUCUAUCAUAUUCACUCAGUAAGUUUGAUAAUUCGCUUGGUUUCUAUGCGUGGCGAACGCUACUUAUAUUUUGUACAGUUUGUUGUUUUGUAUAAGUAUUUUUUACUAUUUUUUAUCGCUAUCAAGUAUUGGAAGCAAGACUUAAAGUGUUAGUCCAAGAAUAAAGACAAAAGUGAUCGCCACGCAAAAAUAUUAUGUUGAGUGAACGAUGGUGGACGUAAUACCUGAUGAUCGUGAGAGUAUACUUACGAGCUUCAACAGUGUGAUAUAUAAUGUGAGAAAAUCAUUGAACACUCGAAAGACGGGUAGCAAGAAGAGACCAUAUUACGUCGUAUAAUGGCCCACACUUUGAAUUAAUUCGCUGUACUGAUGGAAUGGAUUUGACUUUUAACUUUAUUUGGUUCCUGUAAAUACGUGUAUGUUUGGCGAUAAAUAAGUUGAAUACCAGGGAGAAUAUGCGAUACGAUUAUCCAGAUUCUCAAACUAUUUAAUUUUUAAUGUUUAUCAUUAAUGUAAAAAAAUCAUAAUGCAAUGCACUCAGUGAGAUUGAUAAGAAGUGAGGAAUCAUUUUGAAAAUUUAAUUUUUCAAAAUAAACCACUUUAAACAAAGGUUAGUUCUGAAGCACCGGAUCAUUAAUCAAAUUAUGAAUUCAAAUUUCUAAUUAAUGGUCCUCCGGAGUUUACUGAAUCAAGAGAUUUUAAAGUUAGUCCUUAUGUUACAUGAGGAAAAGUAUUUAUGAAUAGGUUUUUAAUCCUAUUUUUACUAUUUUAUGUACAGAUUCUUUCUUUUUUUUCUUAUCUUCUGUGAAUACUAGUACAUAUUUUUACUCGAAACCACGCGUAUUAUAUAUAAGAGGUUUUAAACGAGCUUGAACCUGCUCAAAUUUUUAUCACGGUGCAAGUGUAACUUAGACGAAGCGGUGCGGGCGGAUUAAAGAUUUAGUCGUUUGUUACCGUCCUACGCUUUCAGUACUUGUUAUGACUGUUAUUAUCGAAUAAUGUUUUUUUUUCUUCAAAGACGUUGUAAUUAUUGUAUUGUAUUUUAGGGAAGAACUGUCGCGAUUAACGAGGUGAGCUUUAAUCUUGUAUUAUUCUAUUUAUUGAUGACGAACGGCGCGCAUCUGUUUUUUAUAAAUAAAAAAAAUAUAUAUUUCGACUGAUCGCGUUUCAUCGCGUAAUGUCAAAGUAUUGUUACUGUAAAUCGCGAUUCUCGUCUCUUGCUUGAAAGGAAGAAAAUAAUGGACAAAAUAUAGUUUUCUAACGAGACAAUAUUUAGGCGUAAGUUGUAAAGACCGAGACCAAAAAUUAAAAGCGUAAUGCGGUAGGAAGUUAUAGGAACUAUGAGGGGCUACUUAUACUGUGAGCAUUAGACGCCUUUUGCGAUUUAAAGGGACAUUUUUAUUCCAUUGGGCAACAUUUAAAAUGGGAACAAAAUUCAAUACUUUAUUACGAAUAAAAUUAUUUGAAGUUAUUUCAUUGAUGUAAAAUUGAACUAUACAAAAUUUUUUUAAUUUUACAUGCAUAAAAAGACGUUUUUCUAAAUGAUUGACGUCCCGAUUAGACUAAAAACUAAAUUAUAUCUUGUAUAGGUAGCACCGGACGAGACUUAUAUUUCAGCUACACUUGAGCCGACUUUGACUAUCAAUAGAUCAAUACGUUUUAAUUACAUCGGUACCUAACGAGACUCUGUGGGUUUACGCAAAAUAUGCAGCAUAAACAUUUCGAGGAAGAAUUAAAACAGAACCUUUUGUAAUUUCUUUUGCAAACGCUAUCAAUCUUAAUCAGGUUUAUUAUGAAUAAAGACAUACUGUUUUGAUGACAUAUCAUUCAAACUAUAUCAUGUUAUCGAACACAAAUCGCGUUAUCGAAUAUUUUUGAGCAAUACAAAAUGUAGCACAUGCUGCAUAAACGAAUAUAUAAGCGACACGCAUAUCUAGCGCCGCACCCUCUUUCUGUAUAUGCAAUAAACUAAUAAAGCACGGUCCGCAUGCUGUCGAUAACAAAUUGCAACAAGUUACAUAAAUAAGAAAGGCAUUGAUCUAAAGAUAUUUCGUAUGGAUAGUUGUUCUAAUAUUGUAUUUAAAAACUUUGAAGUUUGUUUAUCAUUUUUAAAUUUUUAACACAAACAAUAUUGAUAUCAGAUUUGUGGGCGUAUAAUUGAUGCAAAGGAUACCUUGUUUGCGAUAUAUUUUUCAAAAUUUUUUCACCAAUUUUUUAAAGCAACUAUUGAAAUUAAAGAAAAAAAGUAAAAAGAAAAUCGAUACCAAAAGAACAACUUGUAUGGAAAUAUAAUUAUGUUCGAUGCGAAAUAUUGUUAACGAUCGUUAUCGUCGUUGCUAGAACAGUAUACAUAUAUUAUAUAAUGCGUUGCCGCGUGUUUGAUCGCGCAUUGAUAUAUAGUUUUACGACUAUAUUCCGACCACUGUAUCGAUAAUAACAAUUAAAGCGUUAUUCGUGAUAACAUAACUGCGUAGACGUAAAAUUGAGGCGGAAGGAUUACAUCUUGACGAUUCGCAUUUUUGCUUGAUACUUGUAAAAAAGUUCAAAUAUAAAAAUUUGUCACAUCAAAUGUAUAGUUAAAGAUCGACAAAAUUGACGAGCUUUUAGAAUCAUUGAUAUAAGAAUUGUCUAGAUGUAGAUCACGACUAGUCUUCAAAUAGUAUUCUCCUAUUUUCUACACAAAUAUUUUGCAGUUACGGGCUUUUUCUAAACAUGUUAAAAUCACGACUUUUCCAUGCGCUCGACUUUAUCGUGUAAUAAAAACUCUCACGCUUUAGAAUUCUAUAUGGACAAGCUUCUUUUUUUUUAUUCUUUAAGAAUAUAUUUUCAAUCAAACUUUAUCUUUUACAAAACGUAAAAGCUUUUGCUUCUUAUCGGAAUCUUAUUCGGAAUAGUUACAAAAACUGAGUAAAAAUCAAAGGAAUUUGUGUCUGCCUACCUUUUAUCAUGAAACAAGGAAUUUUUAUAAUAUUUAUACAUAAUAUGUUUGUAAAAUUUUGCCCUAAAAACAAAUAAUUUUAUUUUAAUCUGUUGUUUUCGUAAACAAACGAAUAUUUUGCCCUUUAGUGGAACUAUUGCAAUAAAAACGCUAAUUUAUGGCAUUUAUAACUAUUACUGCACUUAUUACGACUAUGAAGUGAUAAUAUCUUGCACUGAACUUAACUUACACGAAUUCCUUAUUACUUUUAUUUUAAUCGGAAUUAUAUUUACCACGUUUUUGAUCAUUGUAGUAAGGUUUCAUAACUACCAAGUCAAAAUACCACGCGAAAUAUAUAUAUUUUAAUUAUAUUCUUUGCAGUAAUAGAUAUAUUUAUCAAAAUUUUCAUCGAAAUCCGUGAUAACUUUUUUUAAAAACGAUAAGACACACGAAACUUACGCACAAAUCGAGUUUAUUCAAAUGUGGCAAAAAUCAUACUAUUUUGCGUUUUAUAACUAAUUGCAAUAUUUACAAAAAAUUAAAUUGAAAUGCAAUAAAAUCAAUAUUGUUCGCGUGAACAGAUAAGUUGAUUAAAACAAAAUUAAUUAUAGUUCAGUGUAAAAUGAACGGGCAAUAAUUAAAUGAAGCUUUUACAUUUGGAUUCAAUGAACAGAUGUUUUACCAUAAAAAACAUAGUCCAACAAGAAAUAAGCGAGAAGAAUCGAAUCUUUCAAAAAUCACAUGUCUACGAUCAAAAAUCAUCUAAGGGUCCUUUCGAAUUCUCAAAAAGAAACUGCAAACGAAAACAGUAAGACGUGAAUAUUUUUUUUCAAAAAUUAACAAGCAAUAUAACAGAAAAUCUUUUACUUAUAAAAGAUAUACCAUUUAAAACGAAUCCAUCUACAAACUAUAAUGACUUUACUCAAUCGGAAUCUCUGAUUAUCUCGACCAUAAAAACAUAUUUUUCAAUCCGUAUAUACAACAAA